AUGAAAGGAAAUUUCGCAGCAAUGACAGCGCGAAAGAUAAUGAUCCAACGCCAGACGCAUAAGAAGAUGAACCCAGUCGCCGACCGAAACGGAGGUCAACUCUCUUUCUAUCAGAAUCAUAAUUCAGCAAGAAGCUUGACGAAGGAGGCGAUCAGUUAUCGUUUACUGAACACAGCGCUAUCAAUGAAUCUAAAGAUGAGUCUGAACACAUCAACGACCGCCAACACUUCUUGUCCAGCUUCGACAUAUAUUCAGGUUGAAUUCAUCACAGUGAGCUGCAAAACACACUCUAGUCUUGUUGUUGCACCGUUUUGUGAUGUAUCUUGA